UCUGACUCUUAUUACGUGUCAAACACUUGUCAAAUACUUGCUACCGUUUUAUCUUUUUACUUUUACAUCAGCAUAUUCAUAUAAUCGAACGAUUCAUCACAUAAAAUGUCCCUCAUUAUUUAGGAGAAAAUUAUAGCUCAUACUGAACAUGGGAGAAAAGCAUGGAUACCUACCAUUUCCAAAAUCGUUCAAAACCAUAUGCAUCCACCAUACAAAAGAACCAAAAAGAGAAACUUGUAAAGAGACCAUGGCGCCAAUAGUUACUUCUAAUAUAUGCAGGUUGGAGAGUGCUGGAGGCCCUUCUCAAGUAAUAAAAGGACGACUUUUAAACCCAACGAGAAGCGUUUUAGAAAACCUUAUAGCCAAACUGUGUAAAACAAAAUACGCACUAACUUACGCAAGUGGAAUAGGAGCUAUUGCGGCUGUAUUUAGCCUUCUGAAGAGUGGAGAUCACCUACUCUGCAAUGAUGAUAUUUACGGAGGAACUUCGAAAACUCUUAUCCAAGUGUGCCCUAAUUUUGGCAUAUGCACGUCUUUUAUCGAUCUGACUGAUCUCAAAUCUAUCCCAGAAUACAUAAGACCCAAUACAAAGUUAAUCUGGACAGAGAAUCCAACGAACCCCACGUUAGAAGUAAUGGAUCUGUGUGGACUCAGCAAAGUAGCUCAUGAACACAAGCUGAUGUUAGCUGUAGAUAACACCUUUCUCUCGCCAUAUUUACAACGACCUGCAGAGCUUGGUGUUGAUUUGGUAGUUAAUUCGGUAACUAAGUACAUGAAUGGCCACAGCGAUGUCAUCAUGGGAGUUGUCUGUACCAGCAGAGAUAAUCUGUAUGAACGGUUGAAGUUUAUACAACAACGACACUUUAAUCAUGGUUCAAGUACAGUUUAAAUCGAAGUCGUUAGCAGACAGUGAAGAGGUUAAAUUAUCAUGGGCUUGUUUCAGGAUAGAGAUAGUUCCCUAAUUGCACAAACGCGUUCCAAAUACGUUCCAGCUACGACCCCGGUAGGUCGCCUAUAGUCGCAAGACGUUUCAGGAACCAAUUUUAUCGCAAAAAAGUCGAUUUUGGACACAUUCCAGCACCAUUUGACUGUUACCAAGUUAUUAGGAGUUUGAAAACACUACCUAUACGUAUGAUGAGACACAUGUCCAGUGGAAUAAAAUUAGCACAAUACUUGGAAAAUCAUCCAAAAAUAGAGAAAGUACUCAACCCAGCUCUGCCUUCACAUCCUCAACAUGACCUCUUUAAAUCUCAAGCAUGUGGUCAUAGUGGUAUGCUAGCAGUAUAUCUCAAAGGCACCGAUUUAGACACUACCCAUAAAUUAAUUGACAGCUUGAAGCUUUUUGUGCAUGCUGUCAGUUUGGGAGGAUAUGAGAGUUUAGUUCAAAUGCCAACACUACUGAGUCAUAGAGAUACACCUGAUAAAUUGAAGAAAAUUUCAGGCAUAACGGACAAUUUAAUAAGAGUAACAACAGGAUUAGAAAACAUAGAUGACUUGAUUGCAGAUUGGGAACAAGCACUUGACAAAAUAUAAAACAUUGUUUUUAUUGAAAUAUAAGUAGCAAUAUAAUAUAAUCAGCCACCCCACUUA